AUGGCGUCAGCGGAUCCGACGCUGACGGCCGUGCAGAGCUGGUUUGACGAGCAUGCGCCGACGCAUCUUGCGGGUGCAUGGGACAAUGUGGGUCUGAUUGCGCAGUCGCCGGUGCCAUCGGAAGCGACGGGCGUGUUUCUCGCGGUGGAUCUCACGCCAGCGGUGGCGGAGGAACUGCUCGCCCGCGGCGAUAUCCGUGUGGCCGUGGUGUAUCAUCCUGUGAUCUUUGGUGGCGUCAAGGCGCUUAGGAUGCAGAAUGCGCUGCAGCGCUCGAUUCUGCGAUGCAUAGCCGCGGGUAUCCAUCUGUACUGCCCGCACACGACACUCGAUGCGUGCCAUGGCGGCAUCAACGACUGGCUCAUGGCGGGUCUCUCGCACGCCUGGGAGACGUGUGCGCCCGGGGAUCUGUACAGUGCCGUGCAGCAUGCUAAGUACGAAGUGAUCGAGCCGAAUGACCGUGAUCCGUCCGUCGGCAUGGGCCGUCGGCUCGUGUGGGCGCAGCCUGUGGCGUGGUCGACGCUCGUAGCGCGUACCAAGGCGUUGUUGCGCGUGCCGUACGUGCAGGUGGCGCCGGCGCCGGGUGUGACGGAAGCGUCUGCGAUGCAGUCUCUCGGUGUGUGUGCAGGUUCCGGCUCGUCGAUCCUCCGUCAGUGUGCGGUGGACGUGUUUGUGACGGGUGAAAUGGGGCACCACGACCUUUUGGCGGCGAAUGCGCGGGGCGUGUCGGUGAUUGUGGCGAAUCACACGAACACGGAGCGGCAGUACCUGAAGGAUGUGCUGCGCCCUGCGAUGCGUGCGUCGCAUCCGACGCUACCUGUCUAUGUGUCUGAGCACGAUGCCGAUCCUCUACGUGUGGUCUAG